AUGAUGUUCCCCAGCCUCAUCUCCCCUCCAGCUGUCUACCCCAGCCUCCUCCGGCCGACCCCCACCCUCACCUUGCCUCAGUCACUGCAGUCGGCUUUUUCCAGCCAUUCCAGCUUCCUGGUGGAAGAUUUAAUCCGGAUCAGCAGGCCCACCAGCUACCUGCCCAGGACUGCCCCCGCACCCAGCAUGUCCCCUCCAGCCUCGGCGGCCAGGACGGACUCGGGGACGCCGGAGCUCCCCAGCUCCACCACCGCCGGCUCCAGGAGGAUCUGUUCGCCACAGACUUCCAGCAGCGACUCCACUUUCCUGAAGUUUGGAGUCAACGCCAUCCUCUCCUCCACACCCCGAGCCGAAACCUCUCCUGCGUUGCUUCAGAGCGUCCCGCCAAAGACUUUCUCAUUUCCGUACUUUGAAGGAUCCUUCCAGCCCUUUCUCAGAUCUUCCUAUUUCCCAGCUGCCUCCACCGUGGUCCCCAUCCCUGGCACCUUCUCCUGGCCGCUGGCUGCCAGGGGCAAGCCCCGCCGGGGGAUGCUGCGCCGCGCCGUCUUCUCUGAUGUCCAGCGCAAGGCACUGGAGAAGAUGUUCCAGAAACAGAAGUACAUCAGCAAACCUGACAGGAAGAAGCUGGCAGCCAAGCUGGGCCUCAAGGACUCACAGGUGAAGAUCUGGUUUCAGAACAGGAGGAUGAAAUGGAGGAAUUCCAAAGAAAGAGAGCUCCUCUCCUCUGGUGGCUGCAGAGAACAGACCCUACCCACCAAGUUCAACCCUCACCCAGACCUCAGUGACGUAGGCAAGAAGUGUUCAGGAGAGGAGGAGGAGGAAGUUCCCUCCAUGUGCCCACCCAGCCCCCAGCAUCCCCUAACCUACCACCAGUCCCCAGAUCAUCUACACCUGAGGGACAGACUGGACUCCCAGAUGUCUCCUUCUCCAUCCCAUUCUAGCAGCCCCAGCAAACCUUCAGACUUCUCAGACUCAGAGGAAGAGGAUGAUGAAGGGGAAGAAGAAGAGGAGGAGAUAACAGUCUCUUAGGUCACUUGCCUGCCCCUACCAUCACAUGAGGACACUGCAAAGAUGUAAAUAAACCAGAGUGCUAUAAAUUGAAGAGGUGCUGUCCCACCCCAAUGUCCACAUGCUUCUUCAGUGCGGGUUCUUUAUCACAACAGCUGCAAGACUUCCUUCUCACUGGUAUUCCUCAUUCUGCACCAUGUGGAGGUUUUCAUAUUCAUAAUGUCUGCCCAACUUUCCAUAAUUCUCUGCUUAGCAAUCAGUAUCUGCUCAGUUAGCUACCUUCUCCCA